AUGUAUGCAGGAAUUGUGUCAGGAGGAGCCAAACCAGUUGGUUUGCCAAAUGUAGAACAAAAUUGUUCACAAGCGGCAACAAAGCAAUUUAUGGGAGUUUGCUUUCAGUGUCAGUCUAUAGGACAUCGGGCCAGAGAUUGUCCCAGGAGGAUCUGUUUCCAAUGUCAGCAACAUGGACAUUAUGCCAAACAAUGUCCCCUGAGGCAAGCCCAAGUGGAGUCAUGCCUAGUGUGCAAAACACAAGGAGUAAACUUUUUGAGCUGCCAGAAUUGUGUGGCAAUACGGAGAGUCUUAGAAAGCAGUGCCUGGAGGGCAUAG